AUGACUGCGUCGCACCCCGUAUGCGGCAUACGUAACAUGCUCCAUGAAUUGAUCCUCCAAAACGGAAUCGAUCGUCGGGCUCUCGCGGUAUUAUUCUUCAAACGGGAGGCAGUCCGGAGUACGAAGGGUUCCCGUCCCGUUGCGAACGUUAUAUUCGAAAAGCGUUUCCUUCAGCUUGCAGCGGAUAGGCAGAUAAUGAUACUUUCUCCUGGUGGAACUUCACCGGAUGUUCCGCAUCUCGUUCUGGACUCUGCGGCAGGAUUCUGGAUCCAGCCCAGCUGCUCGGAGUGCCCAACCGAAGACAAUUCGGUCAGGGAUCCUCCAUGGUCAGCGUUAAUAUUUAUCCUUGCUUUCGGGGGCUCAUUCGAUACCAUUAUUUCGCUCCCUUGGCGAAAGCAUUCCAUGCUGACCCAACGUGACACAAAUGCGGUGGUGGCUCGCUCUUCUGGGUACUGA